AUGGAAUUAAUGUUCGAGAUCAUUUGUGUGAACUCCGCAAGUUUAGUGCCUGUCUCAUCAACCGAUGACGUUAUACAGCUGAUGGAUCUGGGACAAAUGAACCGUGCAUUUGCUGAACGAGUGGGGAGUGUCGAGCUAGGCGCUGCUCGUGUGAACAAAGAUAACUCAGAGGUCAAGGAGCUUAAAGAACAGAUUGCGAUUCUUAAAUUGGCUCUAGCGAGGAAAGGAAAUGGUAAUGAUGUACAGCCAAGCUCUAUACCAGUCAAUCGUGAGAGCAUAUCGAGAAGAAGAUCACUUGAAACUCCUACCAUUCGACCCAAACUUCCAACCAACCUGAGGCCCCAGGUUAUGGAUCUAAGUGGACCAGAGGCUUAUAGCGAUUUAACAACUUCAAGAAGACACAGCUUAGAUCUUCAUGAGCUAAUGCAAUCUUCUUCUCCGUCUUGGCGGAGGCAAACGCUCAAUGUAAAAGACGAGGAUGCAGAGUUUAAGUCAGGGGAGUGGAUCGAUAAGCACGAAGAGUCAAUUAACCCACAACUACGAUCACUAAAUUGUGGGAAACAAGAUUUGGAGGUGCAGAGUAUUACAGAUAACGAAUCUGAUGAAGGCGCGACAAGUGAUUGCUCUGAUCUGAUGUGGCGAUUAAACGUUCAAGUGAAUGUGCCCAGAGUUUAUAAUUUGCAAAGCGCAGCAAACCCCAAACCUAAGAAAAUCCAGCCCAGGACUGCUAAACCCUUAGAAACCAGAAGUUUAAUCCCGUCGCUGAUCCCAGCACCAAGCGAGACCUCCGAACACUACCUUGAAUUCGCAGCCGCAGCGACCAACUAG